CCAAUCGGAGCGGGUUAUAACUUUGUUAUUACAAAAAAUUACGAUAAAAUUUGUAACAAAAAAACCUAAUGCUGCGACAACGUUAAGUGAUUUUAUUUUAAUUAAAUCGUUAAUUCUCUAAAUUAUCUGUGCUUGUUGUGUCUUUAAGAUGAGGUUAUUAAUUCUUUCAUUGUUUAUUAUUGCUAAUGUUAGCAAUAAUAGCAAGGCAUCUCUGGAAAGUUUUUUGCCGAGUAAUGAUAAUAUUUUUUUAACCGACACCACUAAAAGUUCUGACAAAUCGUGUAACCGACCUUGCAAAUUCAAUGUGAAACCUCGACGGUGUCAUUAUGAUUUCGAAAUCAGUCCAGCGUUUGGAGAAGAUGAAAGGCCAGCGUUAACUGUUAAUGGUCAAACCCCGGGACCAUCAAUCCAUGUAUGUCUACAUGACAUAAUUGUUGUUAAAGUCAAAAACAAAAUACCCAGUCAAGAUAUUACGAUGCAUUGGCAUGGCAUCGAACAGAAAGGAACUCCGUAUAUGGAUGGAGUACCAAUGAUAACACAGUGUCCAAUUUCGUAUGGAUCUGUUUACGAAUACGCGUUCGCUGCUUCGGCUCCUGGGACGUUUUUCUACCAUUCAGAUUCAGUUUUACAUCAGAGCGAUGGUGUUUACGGAGCUCUCAUAGUGGAACAACCGCAACCUUUGGAACCACACGCUGCGUUAUACGACUAUGAUAGAAGUGACGAACAUACAUUGCUCAUUGGCGCUAGAUUUCCGGAGUUACUGACAGCGAAACUUGAAGACACGAAUCAGAUACGACCGGAUGGUAUACUGAUUAAUGGUCAUGAAGUAAGCACUAAGAUAUUUGUGAUACCAGGCUACGGAUACCGGUUACGUUUGGUCAACGCAAUCGCUUUAGAAUGUCCCCUAGUAAUUCACGUUUAUCGCCAUGUGAUGACCGUCAUAGCGACCGAUGGGAAAUCAGUUCAGCCAGCUACGGCGACAGCUGUUAAACUAUAUCCAGGUGAGCGCAUGGAUGUGGUCAUAAGAGCGGAUCAACAAACUGGCGGUUACUGGAUCGACGUCACCGGUGAGGGAGAUUGUGAAGGAUUGAAAGCCCAAGCAAUGCUUCUGUAUUCGGGCUUUAACUACACUUCUAUGCUAACUGAGGAACCGAACGCGGACACAGAUUCUGGAUUAGAAACACGAGAUACGAUCAGCAGUCAACAUUUGCAAUCGCAUCGAGAUGUGCCUUCUGUUAGUAGCGUUAAGUCGAUAUAUCUCGGAAUAGAUAAAACUUAUCCGAAGUUCAAGGACAGCGAUAUUGAUUUUCGUUAUAUAAGCGAUGCCGUGCCAAAAAAGCCUUUUAUACCAGCUGUGCUUUCGUCACUAGAUAAUGUUCUUCAGAUAAACGGUAAAAAUUUCCUUUACCCUAACGCGCCGUAUCUACUGAAACCGCGCGAUGUUCGUCCAGAUACCGUAUGUCUCGUGGGAGAGGAAAAAAGUAACAAGCAGCCUCAAUGUUUAAUGGUUUUAAAUGCCAAACUAAACGAAGUUGUGGAACUGGUCUUAGCAAACGAAGGACUAAGACACAACGAUUCCUAUACGUUUCAUAUGCACGGUUAUGGUUUGCAAGUGGUUACAACCUGGCGAAGUCCUGACAAUAAACCUAUAAAUAGAGCAGAGGUUCAAAGACUGGAACGUGAUGGAAAAAUUACAAGAAACUUAAAAAAUCCCCCAGUGAAGGACACUUUUAUGGUUCCAAAUAAGGGAUUGACGGUUGUUAGAUUUACACCAACCGUGGGCGGAAGUUGGCUCCUGGAGUGUAGGUCAUGUUCUUUCUCUUUACCAGUAGCUAUCAUAAUAAGCGUUCCUCUUUCUAUACCUAAAUUGGUUCUUGAUUCAUUACCAAGUUGUGGUAACUACAGACCAGCUGAUGUAUUACUUAAUUGAUUCAAAUAGUCUUAUAAGAGUUUGAAAAUGUACAUAAUUAGAAGAAUAAGUCGAAAUAUAUACCAAUUAAGUUGUAUAUAAUUAAAUAUUAUUAAGUUUAUUUAUUUAUGGGCUGUGUCCGUGACUUUGGACUAAAGGAGAAG